AUGCGGUGGCGGCUCUGGGGGCGCUGCGGGGGGAGCGGGCAGCGGCGGGGGUCGCUCCUGCCCCUCGGACCCGGGCUCGGACUCAGGCUUUUGUUCCUCUUGCUGCUGCUGCUGGGAGGUGGCGAGGCGGCUCCACUUCCGCAAACAGGUGCAGGGGAAAUAGCUGCAGCUGAAGUUUCUUCCUCUUUUGUGGCUUUGGCUGCAUGUAGUUUAGUAGUCCUGGUAAUACUGCUUGUGAACUGUGUUUCCUGCUGUAAAGAUCCAGAGAUAGACUUUAAGGAAUUUGAAGAUAAUUUUGAUGAUGAAAUAGAUUUUACACCACCAGCAGAAGAUACCCCAUCUGUUCAGUCUCCAGCAGAAGUGUUUACUCUUUCAGUUCCGACCAUUGCUUUACCAGCUCCAUCCCAGUUUCAGCCUCCUGCAGAAGGAUCAAAGUCUCAAGUUGCACGUCAGAGUCUAAACUAUAUUCAAGAAAUUGGAAAUGGCUGGUUUGGAAAGGUCCUACUUGGGGAGAUCUACUCAGGUACUAGUGUAGCGAGAGUAAUAGUGAAGGAAUUAAAGGCAAAUGCAGGUCCCAAAGAACAAGAACAGUUUUUGAGAAAUGGAGAACCUUACUACAUUCUUCAACAUCCAAAUAUUCUGCAGUGUAUUGGGCAGUGUGUGGAAGCCAUCCCGUAUCUUCUGGUGUUUGAGUUGUGUGACUUAGGUGACCUGAAAACCUAUCUCUGCAAUGAGCAGGAGCAUAUUAAUGGAGAUUCACAAAUAAUGCUGCUACAGAGAAUGGCGUGUGAGAUCGCUGCUGGACUUGCCAUAAUGCAUAAACAUAAUUUUGUGCAUAGUGAUUUAGCCUUAAGGAAUUGCUUUCUUACAUCUGAUUUAAAUGUAAAAGUAGGAGAUUAUGGAAUAGGAUUCAGUAGAUACAAGGAGGAUUAUGUUGAGACAGAUGAGAAGAAGUUUGUUCCUCUUCGAUGGAUUGCACCUGAGCUAGUAACAAGCUUUCAAGACAGAUUGUUAGCAGCAGAGCAAACCAAGUAUAGUAACAUAUGGUCACUGGGUAUAACAUUGUGGGAGCUUUUUGACAAUGCUGCUCAGCCUUAUUCACACUUUUCUGACAGAGAAGUUCUAAUCCAGGUCAUAAAAGAGAAACUCGUUAAACUCUCUAAGCCACAUCUGGAACAGCCAUAUUCUGAUAGAUGGUAUGAAGUUCUACAGUUCUGCUGGCUACCUCCAGAUAAGAGACCAACAGCAGAGGAAGUACACAGACUUUUAACAUAUCUCCGCAUGCAAAGCCAAAGGGACUCUCAGAUAGAUUUUGAACAGCAGUGGAAUGCUCUUAAGCCAAACACUUCCAAUAGAGAAUCAAAUAACUCUGCAUUUCCAAUCCUAGAUCAUUUCACAGGAGAUCGACUUGGCCAGGAAAUGGAAGAAGUCCUCACUGUAACUGAAACAAGUCAGGGACUCAGCUUUGAAUAUAUCUGGGAGGCAGCUAAACAUGAUCAUUUUGAUGAAUGCGGUCAGGUGAAUCCUGAUGAAGCAAUGCCAUAUACAAACAUUUUCUUUCCAGUUGAGGUUUUUGAAAGGUCACUUUCAGAGCAACGGUCUGGAGCACAGGAUGAAAGUGGUCAGGAAGCAUCUCUUAAUGUACCUGGGGUGCUUCCUGUUUUUGAUGCUCACAAACGUUCUCUUGGAAGUGAUUACUAUAUUCAGUUAGAAGAAAAAGACGGGGGCAGUAGCAUGAAUUUUGAUAAUCAGUCAGCUGUACUAACAACAGAAGUUGAUCAUCAAGAAAUUGUACAGGACAAAAAUUCUCUUUUCAUGGUUCCCAGGGAUCUUGAUGCUGAAGAAUCCAGCACAGAUGGGGAGUUUUUCCACUAUAACAGAGAUCCUAAAGAUGAGGCUUUGCAUGUUACUAAUGGUCCUGAAAGCCCUUUCCAGAAUAUAUUUAGUGAUAUUGACAGAGCAGAGGAAUUGACAAAUAACAGAAAUAUAUUUGACUUAACUGAACUAAAUGAUAUUCAUGUAGAAUUUAAGCCAACAGUUUUAAGUUCAAGUCUAGAGGUAUCAAAAGCAAUCAGUUAUCUUGAUAAGGAGAGUUCUAGUCAUGUUUCUGAAAAUGAGGCUGUUUCCUUAUAUGAAAAUAUGAGAGAGUCUGAUUUUAGCGUGCUAUCUGUAGAAGAACUCUCUGAUAACUUUCUGUUUCUUCAAGAGAAGAAUUUAUUAAAGGGGAUAUUAACCAACAAAGAUAGCAGUGAUGAUAUCAGGCCAAAAUCAGAAAAAACAGAUUUUAAAAAUAUAUUCGAAACAUCAAAUAGGAACUCUCUGGACAUCGAGCUAAAACUGGCUAAAAAUACACCAGACUUUUCUUUAUUGCAUGAUGAUUUAAAAACGGGGAACAAAGAAGAUCAUGUCCAUGUGCCUGCAGAUGAAGAUGUGAGUGUUCUGCUUCAGUCUCUUGCAGAAACGCAGGUUCCUUCUGCUUCACUUGUAACAGAUGAGAAGUCACAAGAUAAAUAUCAGAACCUCCCCAUACUGAAAGGCGGUGAUAAAUUUUCAUAUGUAGGAGUGGAUAAAAACUCAUCCCACAGUAUUAAUGAUAGUCUCUGUCAAGGAAAGGAACAAGGCAUUGAAGAUGCCUCCAUUGAAAUACUAUCCAGUAAUGCCAAAAAUCAAAGUUUUGGAAAUGAUUCAUGUUAUGGUGUCACACUUGAAAUUGAAGAGCCUGAGGGACAAAUAAAAAAUGAAACACUUGUUAAUUAUGAUGAAAUUACUUUUGGGAGAAACCUUGGUGUAGAGAAAGGAAAUACUAAUAAGGAAUCUAUGAACUAUGAUUUACAGAAGACUUGUUCUGCAUUAGAACAGGAUGAUGGGGGUUUACUGGAGAACAACAAUGAAACUUCAAAUCAUCUUCAAAAAUAUAGCGACACUCCUAAAGAAGUGACUUUAAUAUCUGGCAUUUCAUCAGACCAUGCAAGUCAAGAUCAUCUGUUGGAAGACAGCUCAUCAUCUCCCUCACAGACUAUGGAACAGUCCAUAAAAACACCAGACUCUAUGGAUUCAUUAGAUGUGAAUGAGGUAUUAGAGUCUUUAGGGGCCCAAAGUCCCCAGAAACUUUUGCCACCUGAUAAACCUGCUGAUAGUGGCUAUGAAACUGAAAAUCUGGAGUCUCCAGAAUGGUCUUCACAUCUUACUGUUGAUGAUAUGUCUAACACAGACACUACACCAUGUGUUGUUGGUGAUAGGCAAGCUAGUGAUUUGCCAGCCAAUCCAGUAAUCAUUGUUUCUGCAGAAACAGCUUGCUCAGAUUCAAUAAAUAGCAAUAGUAACUUUGAAAUAACCACAAAGAAUUUUGCUAAUGGAAAUCAGAACUCUUACAGGGACUCUGCCUAUUUUUCUGAUAAUGAUUCUGAGCCAGACAAAAAAACAGAAGAGACUGUAAACAAAUCAGCAGAACCAACAGUACUAACAGUAGAUACUUGUAGAACCUCUUCCAGCAUAGAAGAGAAUAAAACUGAAGACUAUUAUUGUUUUGAAGAUAUACAAUCAAAGCACAGUCAAAUAGAGAAUUACCAGGACCCCAGUAAUUUAGACACACAGUUAGCAUUAAAUAACAAGUUGGGGAUACAGAAAACAGAUGUAAUGAUGCAGGUGUGUCCUGACAAAUGGAGUAAAGAAACUCCGAUAUUUGCAGUGAAUUCUGAACAAAACUAUAGGGGUGAAAUUAAACUACAUGAGGAAUCUCGCAGAAAUGUCUCUUGUGUUGGCACUAAUACUUCAGAAUUUCUUCCAUGCAGAGACUUAAAGUCUAUUAAUAACAUACACAGUCCUUCAGGUUCAACUGAUACUGAAAAAUCCUUGUGCCACAUUGAAGGACCUAAACUGAAAGAGCCAGAUAUUGAAGGAAAAUACCUUGGUAAACUUGAUGUUUCUGGAAUGCUUGAUUCAUCAGAGGAUGGAGAUGAUGCAGAUGAAGAAGAUGAAAACAGUGAUGAUUCUGAGGAUGAUAUGAGAACUUUCCAUUUGCGUAGUCUUAGCUCUGACAGUGAAGAUGAAACUGUGCAUCAGGUGCCUGUGAUACUUUCUGAUAAAGAUGAUGGAAAACAUCUGAGAAGCCUGCUGAAACUUCCAGAAUCUCUUAAACAUGACAGGCCCUCUGAGUACUGGAAAAGUGAGAAAAAGGCAGUAACAUUCUUUGAUGAUGUCACAGUCUAUCUGUUUGAUCAGGAAACACCAACCAAAGAGCUGGGAAACCGUGCAACAGAAUCAAACAACCAAGGCUCUGCUAGCACUCCUGUCCUAUCUUCAGGUCUCAGUUACUUGAAUAGAUUUACAAAUUCAGAAAGCUCUACUGAUGAAGAAGGUGGAGGUUUUGAAUGGGAUGAUGAUUUCUCUUCUCCAGAACCCUCUUUUAUAGCUAAGUCAGCGAAUAACCUCAUUAGUUCUAAGCCAGCUCUUCAGACUUCAAAGUACUUUUCUCCACCUCCACCUUCCCGGAGUCUUGAACAAAACUGGUCACAUUCAUCACCUUAUUCCAGGUUCUCUAUCUCUCCUGCAAACAUUGCAAGUUUUUCUCUCACACAUGUUACAGAUUCAGAUAUUGAGCAAGGAGGAAGCAGUGAAGAUGGAGAAAAAGAUUAGAUGAGUUAAAGUUUCCUCACUGGAAUUACACAUGUGGUACGUACCCACUCUGGACUAAUGUCUGAUAAACUCUGUCUAAAACUUAUGUGGAUCUGCUGGAGUGAAAUACAGGUAAUCAAGAAAUACUAAGAUUUAAAAUAAACACUGAAAGCAAUGUUAAAUCAGGACAUUAAUUUGAAUGUGUAUUUAACUUUGUAAUGUAUUGUUUUUAAAUCAAUGCAAUUUGCUUUUCAUUGAAUGAUGAUUCUGCCGCUGUUUUCAAGUACUUGAAGUAUUCAGAUAAUUAUUUGUAACGAACAUGUAAAGCAGUUACACUACAUUCUGGUUUAUGUAUGGGAUUGUAUCAUAUUCUUUUUAUAUUUUUCCAUGUAGUUCGUUAUCUAUUUGAACAUACUACCUGUUGUAGAAUUGUGUAUAAUUGUCCUGUGCAACAGCUGGCUGUGUUGUUGAAACUGUAUGAAUGAUAGUUGAUCAGUAGUGAGCCAUAUUUAUUCUGAAAGAUAUCACUUACUACAUAUUACUUUGCUUACUGCAAUUGCACUAUGGAUUUUUCUUCCCAUAUUCCCCAACAUUGUAUAGAAUCAAAAUCUUAAUUUUUUUCAAGGAAAUUAAGACAAAUUGAAUUGGCCCAGUUAACCAGUUCAUUUUGUACUGUUAUAGUCUUUGCUAUGCACUGCACUUGUAAAACAUACAAAAUUUCUGAGUGUUAUGUUAGAAUUGCUGGAAUCUUACAUGCAGUACCAUUUAAAGUGGUAGCUACUACAAAUGUGAGUGCCGGUAUUUCAUAGGAAAUUUGGGGAGGGAUGUCUGAAAUAUCUUUGGGAUCCAUUUUGGAUUAAGUGAAUAUCUUAUUUUCACUCCUGAAAGUAAUCAUAGUCUUUUAAAUUAUAGUAACACCUUCCUAUGUAGUCAUAUUUGAUGGCCUUUCUGCAUUCCAUUAAAACUGCCUACUUUUGGAGGGAGGGAGGUAUAUAUGCUGGCCCUGAAAACUUGCAUUGAAACUGGGUAUCUUGUAGAAAGAUUAAUUUUAAUAAAAAUGGACCCAUCAGGCCUACCUGGCUGCUCACUUGUUCAUCCUAUGGAUUCUGAAGCCCAAAUUAUUUUCUUUUGACUAUGGAUUGGGCCUUCCAUGCCUCCUUCCCGUUCAGAAACCUGUAUAUCCCCCUAUCUCAAUUACUGCAAAAACUAUUUAGUAUUAGGAUUAACAACUGGGGAUUUAAGCAUGCUAAUAGUCUGCUUCUAAACUAGUAGAAAACUGGCAUUCAUAUUUUGUCACCCAGAGAACUGUCCAGGCCUGUAUUAAGACAUAGUCAGGGCUCCAUGGUGCUGCUUGAAAUGUGCACUGACCCAAAGAUGUAAGAUAGUAAAGCUUGCCAUUAAGCUGUCCAAGUGAAGUGAAUGUGGAGAGAGAAAACUAUCACAAAUCCAGCUAGUUUUAAUUAAUCCUUUAAAUAAGUUGUCUAACAAGUUCCCUCAUUGUCUCACUAAAUACAGUUGGGCAGUAAUUCCUUCGCCUGUGAAAUGCAUUAUGCAGCCGCAAAUGUGGGACUAGAUUGGAAAAAGCUGAAAAAUGCUGGCAUUUAGUGCUUUGUGGUCAACCCUUCUAUCUGGCUGUACAGCAUACUGCAGCUUAGUGGCAUAAAUAUUUUUUACUCUGCUUUAGUAUAGGACUAGUCUUUCUGCUGAAUAAGUCUGGGUACAGAAAGCUAAGAAUUGUAAUCAUCUGCAGCAUAAAGAACUACAUGUUUUUAGCUGUUAAGCUCUGUUUGAUGUUACAAUUUUAUUUUAUACACAGUUUGGUUUAAAACAGGGCAUUGGUUUUAAGUGACACAAAUACAAAAAAGUAGAAAAGUGGGUUUUUUUUUUUUUUUUUUUAUAUAAACAGUUAUUUGGCCCUUACAGCUAGAAUGGCUUUCAUACCCCUCAAGGGAAAGAGAUUAAUUCUAAAAUAAAAUGCUUUAAAGUUGUCAGUGUAUUGCUGAGGUACUGAGUUGUCCUACUGAGGAGCUCAGGUCCAGAGGGAACCUGAGAGUCACAGGGAGAGUUGUAUUUCAGUGUGAGUAACAUCAUAGAAAUUUGCCGUUGCACAUGCACAGCAACAACUUUUCAUAGAAUUUUUCAACAUAUCUUUAAAUGCAAAGCCAGUUCUAAAUAUACACUUACAGUAUAUACUGUAAUGGGUUUAAAGGAGCUAUUACGUGGUAUGCUCUUUGUACAUAUUAAAAUAUAAACAAUAGACCUUGGCACACUAAACAUUAUAUCCUAUUAGUUCUGGAAUACAGACUUUUAAAAUUCCUUAAACACACACCAGGUUAAGGUGUCUCAUCAAUCCUUGAAUUUUUCUGUAACACUUUUAUAUUACCAUAAAUAAAAAAGCAGGGAAAUCCAAAAUUAAGAAUGAAACUCCACAUGCUGAGUCUCCAAAGAAUGUAUGGAAUUGUCUACCUUAGAUGUGCUGAAACACCUAAAGUAUCACAGGGUUAGAGAAGGAGUUUCAGCCUUAAUUCUGAAUCUCUUGAUUUUGAACAUAGUUUCUGAGGUUAAAUAAAAGCUAAUAUAGUUUGACUGGGAUAUUGAGAUGCAGCUUCACUUUUGUUCCUGUUGUAACUUCAGAAAUUUAGAUUAUGGAACAGAUCUUGUGCAGCUGGGUAGUAUUUAACCUUGUAUUCAACACAUCAGGAUUCUCCUCAGUUGGUGGGGCGUUAGUCAUUCUCUUUAGUAAGAGUACCAUGUCUUAAAACCUUACGUAACAAUGAAAGUUUGCUCCUGUGUCCAAGUGGACUGUUUGCUAAUGAAUUGCCAAACAGACAUUUUUUGUUCAAAAUGGGAUUUGUGUGUGUGGGAUGUUAUACAAAGUAAUGUGCUUCUUUAGCAAUAUUACAGAGAAAAAUCAUUGUUAUAUCUGUUCAAUUAUAUCUGAAUUGCCACACUUCCGUAAUCUCAGUGGAUAUUAAUUUCAUUAAUCCAGUUCACUAGAUUAAAAUUGUAAUAUUUUUUUUUUAAAUAUAUGUCGUUAAAUUUUAUUACAAACUACUACCGUGUUCAAGUGGUAAACCAUCUUCCAGAAAUGAAUUAUGCAAGGAAGGCAAAUUUGUGGAGUAGCUGAAAUCAAGUUGAGGUGAUUUGUCAAAUAGGCCAUACAUUACAUUCUGUAAUCUCUUGCACUGCUUAUCCAAGUGGUUUCAGUUUUAGAAAUACUUAUGUUUUUUCAAUGGUUUAUUAUGAGGGUUGAUUCCAUUUUAGUUUCUUCCGUAAUAGAAGAUCUUGAUUAUUUAUUUAAAUGCUAAAAGGCAUUAUCUUAAUAUGGCUACUUAAAUAUCUUACAAAAAAGAUCCCAUCUACAGUCUAAAAUGGAAGCUGAUAACAUGAUUUUAAAAAUUUCUUGGUGAGAAAAUGUGACUAGGUCACACAGUGAGAGGCCAAUAAAGUGAGAAGAAAGUCAAUUUUUUUAUUUGAAACACCUGUACCUUCCCAAGUCCCUAACUUUUCAGCUAUAUGUUGUAAACUGCCAUUUCCAUGGAAACGAACAGAUUGAACACUUUUUCAUAUCCUUGGUGAUGCACUAAUGAAAGCCAUUCAAGCCUCUUUCUUUUAUCAGUAUUUUAAGUAAUACAUUUAUAUGUAGUAUUGAAUCUUUUUUCAUGAGGGGCUGGUUGGUAGGGAAAUACUUGUGUUUUUUUUUAACUAUUAAGCACUAUGCUAAAAUUUCAGUGGUAAGUCAGGUGUUAGUGACAUGGCUAUUUGUUGGAUUUAGUGAAAGGUGGAAUCAAAGUAUAUUAGCCUUAUAAGAAAUAGCCUUAAAAUAAGAAUGGAGUGUACAAAAUUACUUCAGCUUUAAGUCAUACAAAAAUCUCCUUAAAUAUUAAUAAGUUUUGGUUCAAGUCUUUGAUAUGAAAAAAUCUAGAGAGUACAAGAGCAUAUAAAUAUAUUGAAAAUAAGUAUUUGUGAUACCAGCAGCCUGUUUUUCAGAUAAACUUGAAUAUGACUUAAAAUUAUUAGUUUUAUUAAAUUGUUUGAACUUGCACAGUCAUAGGUGUAAUUUAAUGAUAAAUGGUACUGAUGUGUAUAUACAAUGUUUAAUUCAAUUUGUAAAUGAGAAGCUAUGUAACAAAAUCAUAGGUAUGAAGUUUUCCUAUUGUAAUUUAAUACAGGUAUGAGGUUUUUGGCAAUACAUCAUAGUUAAUGAAAUUUCAGGUCAAAUCGUCUUGCAAUUGUGUACAUUUUUAAAUUGUAAUAUUUCUACUGUAUAUUGAUUAUCAUGCAUAGUGUGAUUCAA